AGUAGGGGUUGCAUGUUGAAGACUGAACAUUUCUUUAUGUGCCUCUGUUAAAGUGGGUUUCUUGGUAAUAUUCGUUCGGUGAUAAAAUAUUUUCAUUGAGAGAGGUUUUGCAAACCAUCGAUAACAGGUUUUGUUGAGUUCAAACCCAGUUGCGGAAAAGAAUGGAGGAGUCUGAAUUCGUAGUCAAUUUCUCGGCCCUAGAAAAGGAGUUGGACUCUGCUGUUGAAGCUGACAAGAAAUAUCGUCGCGAAAAUGAUGCAAAGUUCAGGGCUUUGCAUCAGAAAGUUGCCACCUAUGAGGAAUUUAGAGAUAUUGUAUUAGCAUCUCACCUGAAGCCCUUGGACAGGAAGGAUAAAGCAGGUGCUCCACGUAAGCAGCCCUGGAACUCUGUAGCCUCGAAGAGCUGCCGCGACCCCCAGACUUUUGAAGAGAUGCAGCCCCAGCCGUCUGGCUUCCAGCCCAGGACCGCAUUGGAGUUCAGUCGGGACUGGCGGAGGCUGGGCAGCGGUGUUGGUGAGAAGUACAGCCUGCUCGUCUCCCUGGGAGGGGAGGCCUUGAGGGGCAUCUUCAGCGCAGAGGUGGGCUUUGGCCUGCUGGGGGAGCUACUGCUCGUCCUGUCUCAGGGGUUCCGGCCUGCGGAGUGGCCAGUGGUGGUGGGGGUGCUGGAUGGCCUGUCGAGGACGUCCCGAUUCGGCCUCAAUGUGUCCUUGCUGAGCAGCGGAGAGAAGGGGGCCUGUGAGGAGCUGUUCCGGAAGAUUCAGAAAGCCGUGGACAGCGAGGCGCAGUCUGAUGUCAGUCACAGUGGUGAAAUACCACCCAGUGAUGCGACCACAGUCAGCGAUGCUACAGAACUCAGUGAGGACAGUGGGAGUGGAGAUCAGGGUGUGGAAACGGUAGCAAAUGACAAUCCUCAUGAACAAUUGAAACAUUUAAUGCAAGUCUAUGGUAUCCCUAGCAGUGGUCCAUAGACAGGUUGGGAAUAUGAGGGAUGUAGACUACUACCCAUGGAUGGAUGAACACACACUGGUAUGGUGAUGACAUGAGCUAUUAUGGAGAAGCUCAGAGCUUAAGUGGUCAGACGGCUUAUUCAUGUCGGUCUUGCUUGUUAUAGCUGAUAUAUUUUUUGUGUGGUUGUGUUCUCAGUUACUUUCUUAUGAACUGAGACAGUGCAGUGGUCUGGAAAAUUAAAUACCUUUUCAUGAAUAUUUUAGACUUUGUUUCUUGACACAGGCUAUCAUAAAUAAACCAACCAGCAAAACAGAAAAGAAUGGUACCUUGGUAACUUGCUGUUUGAAAUACAUAUAUAGGUCAUUGUUUUUACUCCAACAUCGAAAGCACAUCUACAGCUACAUUUAGAGGCUUAUAUAAUUUGUCUACGUGCCCAUUUUGUUCAACUUUCAUGUGUGCUGUAGCCUACUCUCAAAUUAACUGGUGAAGCUUUCCUUCCUUCAUGUUUUUAAUUCAUUAAAAAU